AUGGCCGCUUCCUUUCGCUUCUCGUUAGCUGCUCGCUGUAGCAUAUUGCUCGCAGCAGCAGUACUGGUCCUAGUGCUGAGCCACGGAGCUCAGGGCGCCGGGUUGAGCUCGUCGUUCUACGAUGGCUCGUGCCCAGGCACGCGCGACAUCGUCAGGCGCGUUAUCCAGGACGCCCGCGUUGCCGACGCGCGUAUCCCGGCCAGCCUCAUCCGCCUCCACUUCCACGACUGCUUCGUCAAUGGCUGCGACGGCUCGCUUCUGCUCGACGACGACGCCCAGGCGGCCAUCAUGACCGAGAAGAACGUCCCCGCCAACGACAGGUCGGCGCGCGGGUUCGGCGUGGUCGACAACAUCAAGCGCGCGUUGGAGAACGCUUGCCCCGGCAUCGUCUCCUGCGCCGACAUCCUCACCCUCGCCGCCGAGAUCUCCGUCGAACUGGCCGGAGGGCCGUCUUGGACCGUGCCGCUGGGCCGCCGCGACGGCACCACCACCAACAUCGAGAGCGCCAAGAACCUCCCCAGCCCCUUUGACCCCCUAGAGACGCUCCAGGAGAAGUUCAAGAACUUGGGCCUCGACGACACCGACCUUGUCGCGUUGCAGGGAGCGCACACAUUCGGGCGGACGCAGUGUCAGUUCACACAGCGGAACUGCACGGCUGGGCAGAGCGAGGGGGCGCUGGUGAACCUCGAUGGCGUCACACCUGACGUAUUCGACAACAAGUACUAUGGCAACCUCUUACGGGGUCGCGCCCAGCUUCCGUCGGACCAGGUGAUGUUGUCCGAUCCCGUCGCGGCAAGGACCACCGCACCAAUCGCUCGCAGGUUCUCUGGUAACCAGAAGGACUUUUUCAGAAACUUUGCUGCAUCGAUGGUUAAAAUGGGGAACAUAAGCCCGCUGACCGGAAGGGAUGGGGAGAUUAGGAAGAACUGUCGGAGGGUGAACAAGACGCCCUAUUGA